AUGGAUAGCAAUGAUAAUAUUGAAACAGAAGCCACAACACUGGUUAAUAAGUUUGGAUUAAGGGAUAAAGUUAACUUCAUAGUAACUGAUAAUGCCGCAAAUAUAAUAAAAGCAGUUAAAGGCAUUUUAGGGUGGAAAAGUUUUGGGUGCUACGCACAUACUUUAAAUUUAAUCGUACAAGAUGCUCUUCGACUUGUCAAAAAUGAUAUUGACAAAGUAAAAAGGAUCGUAGCUCAUGUAAAAAAAGCACGCUUUCAUCAGAGAGAUUGUCAAAAUAGCAAGUGCAACAAGGCAACUGGCAAAGAACCAAAACGGCUUAGUCAAACUGUAGAUAUGAGGUGGAACUCAACAUAUUUUAUGUUAAAAAGAUUUGUUGAACUGGAAGAAGCUGUU